GCGUCGUGGUGCCUGCACGGCAGCACUGAACCUAAAAUAGGACAGUUCUGUUGGGUCUGAACUAAAUAACUACACAAACAGUGCUGAGAAUUAUGCCUCUCAACAGCUUUUAGAGAAUAUUGGAGCGCAUUACCGUGGAAAUAUUCUACAAUGACAAACCUUUGCGUCAACCAGGACUGAGGCUGCUUUGGGUCCAGCCUGGGUGAUGGCUGACAUGCUAGAGCUCAGGACAGAUGGGAACUCUCUGCUGAAGGCAGUGUGGCUGCACCGUUUGCGCCUUACAAGGCUUCUGCUGGAGGGUGGUGCGUACAUCAAUGAAAGCAAUGACAGUGGAGAGACGCCACUCAUGGUAGCUUGCAUGUCCAAACACUCUGACCAGCAGAGUGUCAGUAAGGCUAAGUUGGUCAAGUACCUACUGGACAACAAUGCUGACCCUAAUAUCCAAGACAAAGCUGGAAGGACAGCGCUCAUGCAUGCAUGCAGCCACAGGGCAGGGCAUGAGGUGGUGUCUCUUCUACUGUCCAAUGGGGCUGAUCCUAGCCUGGAGGACCGUUGUGGAUCCUCUGCUUUAGUCUACGCUGUCAACGCAGAUGAUAAAGAAACCCUAAAAGUCCUCCUGGAUGCCUGCAAAGCCAAAGGCAAGGAGGUCAUCAUCAUUACCACUGACAAAUCCCCGUCUGGAACCAAAACCACCAAGCAGUACCUGAAUGUUCCUCCCUCGCCUGAGUUUGAUGGGAGAACUUCUCCUGCACCAUGUGCCUCACCUUCAGAGAUAGAUCUUCACGCAUCAUCUCCCAGCAAAGAGGAGGAGAAAGACACUGUAUUCACUUUUCAAACCAAGUUUAAGUCAACCUCAAACACAGUGGCCAAACUAGCCAAUGGACUUACCUCUCCCAGUAAGAAGACUGUAAACCCCAAAAGGGCUCGUCUACCCCAGCUGAAGCGACUACAGUCAGAGCCCUGGGGUCUGAUUGCCCCCUCUGUGCUGGCAGCAGCCAAUGAGGUGAGCAAGAGAGCCAACUCUAACGAAGAUGUUGUUGCAGGUGUUAAUGGACUGAGCCUGUCCAAAAUAGGCACUUUGUCCCGGCAUAAUAGUGUGGAUGGAAAAGACAUUCUGUUCCCAAUGGUGGGGGAUCAGAAUACAAAAAUGUCCCCAACUUCGUCUCAUCCUCCAUCUUCCAAAGUGUCUUAUGAAAGAUCUCUGGCACAGCACCAGCCCCUGGCACGACGUAGCACUGUCCCCACUGAGCAGGAGUGCUAUGGAGCAAACUUUGGGCCAGCUAGCCUCAGAGAUACAGUGCAUCGGAGGAGAUUGGGGAAUGAACACUACGACUCAGACUCACAGCUGUACUCAGAUUCCAGCAUGCUAGACUCUCCUAAGGCACCUAUGGAGAGGAAGAAGCUUAAUACAUCCCCUCUUGCUAUGCUCACAGGCUCAAGAGAGUCCUUGGACAGCAAUCCCAGUUCCUCCUCCCCUAGCACAGCCAGAUGCAGACCACAUGGUCUAUUGGAGCGGCGUGGCUCUGGAACGCUCUUGCUGGACUACAUAUCCCACACCCGUCCAGGACACCUGCCCCCACUAAAUGUCAACCCUAACCCUCCUAUUCCAGACAUAGGGGCCAGCAGCAAGCCCUCAUCCCCACUUGCAGUAGGAAUCAGAUCAAUAGCUCCCGUAGCACCAAACUCACCAAAGAGAGGCAACCUCAGGAUGAAGAAAAAGCUUGUGAGAAGGCACUCUAUGCAAGUGGAACAAAUGAAGCAGCUUUCAGACUUCGAAGAGCUCAACCAUCAAUCAUGAAACUCAAUCUAUGUAGAUGUAGCAACUUUAACAUCAUAAAAUGUUUUGUUGAUGCUUACACAGGUGGAAAAAAGUACCUGUAAUAGUAUUUAAAGGUAGUUAGCACUGAAUGUAGCCACUUAGGGCAAAGGGAUAUUCUAUCAAAAUGGUUUAAUCUACAUGGUUUUAAUUUGGAGAAAAUUAAAACCAUGAAACAGCACAUGAAAAACAUUUAGUUAAUCAGGUGUUGGAUCAGAAAAAAAUCAGGUGUUGGAGAAGCAUAAAUGGCUUAUUAUGUUGUUUCUAAAAGGUAUACAAGUUAUAAAAUAUUCCAAGAUACAACCUAGCUGUUAAAGGUAAGUUUAGAUUUAAUAUAUGAUGCAACAUUAUAGUGCAAGCUUAGACUGGAAGUUCCCACCCACAGAGCUCAUUUUCAAAAUAUAUGUGUUGGUAGAAUUGUUAUUUACAACACAGUCACAAAAAUACUACAAAGGAGUGUGUAAUUUUACAUUAUGCAACAAACGUAGUGUUUGUCCUCUUAAAGGGCAUGUGAGAGAGUGUGCUAUUAUUCUUGCGUAAUAUAGAUUGAAUUUGACAGCUUGACUAAAGCUAGUUCCAGGAGCAGAUCUUCUGCACAAAUAAAAACAGAGACAAAAAUAUCUGUAAUGUCUUCAAAGUCUAGACAUCUCUCUCUCUCUGAGAUUCAUUAAGGCAGACCGAAGAGUGAAUGCAAAACCAGACUGGCAAAGACAGAGCAGAGAGGUCACCAGAUCAUACCCAUUAAAAGACAGCAUUUCAUUGGCUCCUGAUUAAAAAGCUGUAUAGUCCUGAAACCAAAUCCAGUUGUGAAGUGUAGCAGAAGAGAGGAGGCACAAGAGAAAUAUCGGCUUACAACAUUCUCUGCUUAGUAUACAUAUAAAUUGUUAGCUUUUAAAUGUUGAUGUUAAUGACUAUGUGCAGAUGUGUUGUUACAUGCAUAUCUGAUCUAGAUUUUGUGAGAAACACUGACCAUCUGUGAGCUAAUGAUAGAAAAAUCUGUCUCUUGUAAUUGAUUACAUUCUACACUGGUUGCAAUAAUACAUGCAACAUUGCAAAUGUAAUUAUAACUUACUCUUUAACACAAAGAUGAUUAAUAUAGUCAUAGAGCCCUUAGUUAACCUCACUAGGUUGCCAGUCUUCACAGAUAUAUAGAGUCUGCUUUUUCUAUGAUGAGUUCAAGAGGUUGAAUGUUUGUAGCUAAUUAGUUUAUAGUGCCUUUGAGGGAGAGUAAAAGGUGUUCUGCAUAACAGAUUGUAUUGAAUAAAAUAUUAUUGAGCGGCAUUUGAAUCACAGUUUUAGAACCAGAACAAAUCACUUGGUUAUAGUAUAAUGUAUUAUGAUGACAACAAUUUACAAAAAUCAAUAAAUAAUACUUUAUAAUUUGAUAAGAACAUAUCAGAAUAAAUUCACGUAAAGCCUGUAGCGGAACAUGCCUUGUGAUAAACCAAUGACUAUUGUACAGAAUAAUGUGUACGUAGGUUUAUCUCUUUGUCAGCCAAUGUUACGUGGUAGAAUAAUGUGCCCAUGUUAUUUUUUGUGCAAAUUCAAAGUGCUUCAGAUUCAUUGCUGCUAUAAAAUAAAAUAGUCACUUGACAGAAUAAGGCUGUCAAAUAAUAAAUGUUCUGUAGUAUUAGAGUUAGCGGGCUAACUCCACACUAAUUUCCCUAAAAUUAAGACAUUAAACAAAUGCAAUCAGUAGAUGCGUUUAGGCUUUUGGUCUGUGAUUAUGAAAUAUAUAUAUAGACAUAUACAGGGGUCAAAAAAUAUAAUAAUUAAUUUAUUAUUUGUUUAUUAUUUCAUUCAUAAUCGCAGGCACUCAAGCAAUUCAGUAGUAAAAAGGCAAUGAAUUUCAUAUGAAUGGCAAAGCACAAAAAAAUAAAAUACAAAAAUAUUACUGAACCCCAAUUGAGAUCAUGUUAAAAGACUGUAUCACAGCUGUCUUAUAUCAAAACUGUGAGACAAAAUAUUGGUCGCGCUCAUGUUUACAUUGUUUUAUGCAUAGUAUUUUUGUAUGUAGUAUCUUGUAUAUUUUGAAUAAAUGUCUGUAACAAUC